AUGUAUACACACAGAUAUAUAACUAUAUUCGUCGAGAAUUUAUUUGGACACUCGAAUCAAUCCCUACUGUUCAUUUUCAUUCAGGGUACAUUUGUUCUCAACGAUCAUCCUGUUACACUGACACAUCGAUUCGACGACGAUUCAUCAUCGAUAAAUACCAACAACAAUACUACUAAUCAUCGAGAUUAUCAACGUAAUAAUAUCAAUGAAUUGCGUCUUCGUGAUUGGGAUUGUUAUAAAUGUGGUGUACAAAAUUUUAAACGACGUGAUCAUUGUUUUAAUUGUCAUAUAUCGCGUGAAGACUCGGAACGAACACGAGAUCUUGAUGGAUUUUCAUUUGUUGGCUUAAAUCCAUGCAAUACAUUGGUACUGCGUGGUUUAGAUAUUUUAACAUCUAAAGAAACAAUUGAAACUAAAUUACUUGAACUAACAUUAGUACCAAUGAAAAAUUCUGCAAUUGUUAAAGAUAAUUAUACCGGUGUAUCACGUGGUUUUGCUUUUGUUGAAUAUAAUUCAAUACAUGAUUCUGUAUUAGUUUAUGAAAAAUUACAAACAACAACACCUGGAGUUGAAAUUGAAGGAAAAGCUGUUAUAGUUCAUUUUUCAAAAAAUAAUUUUGCAACAUCACUUGCACAAAUUCAAGAUGAAGAUGAAGAUUUUUAUUCAAGACGAUCAACAUCAUCUCGAAAUCGUCAUCGACAUGAUCAUGAUCGUUCAUCAAAUGUUGGUCAAUUACUUCCAUCAAAUAAUGUCGAUCGAACACUUACUGCAGCUGACAUUGCUCAACAAGCAUUACAAAAUAUUCAUGCUCAAAAACAACGUGAUUAUACUCGUCCACAACGUCGACGCAAUCGUUCAAGUAGUGAUUAUUCAAGUGAUUCAUCAUCAAAUCCACACAAAAGAAGACAACGUUCAACAAAAGAAUCCGAACAACAUACAACACCAGAUCCAUCAAAAUUUGAAUGGUAUCCAGAAGUUGGUUAUCAUUUUGAUAAAAAAACAGGAUUUUAUUUUGAUGCUAAAUCAUCAUAUUUUUAUAAUCCAACAACACAAAAAUAUAUGUAUUGGGAUCCAGCUAAAUCAGCAUAUAUACCUGUUGAAGAUACAGCAACAACAACAACAACAGUUACAAAUGAAGCUACAAAUACUAAUACAACAGCAACUGAACCAAAGGAUAAAUCUGAAAAAGUCAAAAAUGCUCAAAAAGUUGCAAAAGAAAUGGAACAAUGGGCUAAAAAAGAACGUGAAAGAAAAGAAAAAGAAGCUAAACGCAAAGCUCAAGCAGCAGCUGCUGCUGCUAUACCAACAGCAACAGUAAAUACUAAUGAUUCAACAUCUACAAAUCCAUCUUCAACAGGAGCAUCAUCAUUCGCUGAAGUUGGCCUUCCAUCAAGUCGACCAACUGGUGGUUUAAUAUCAUUAAAUUUAAUGUCAUCUAAUAGUAGUACAUCUACAACAAAUCGACCAGCUUUAUUAGCAGCAUUUGAGAAUCCUGAUUCGGAUAAUGAUGAUAAGGAUAAUAAUAAUACACCAAAAUCUUCAACAACAACAACAACAAGUACAAAUGUUCUUGAUAGUAGUGAAGAAAAAUUAGUUGAUUGGAAUAAAUUAGCAUGUCUUCUAUGUCAACGACAAUUUGAUACACGUGAAAUACUUGAAAAACAUUUACAAAUGUCAAAUCUUCAUAAAGAAAAUUUAGCAAAAGCCGGUAUUGUUCGAUCACAACCACUUGUGUAUCGUGAUCGUGCGAAAGAACGUCGAGAAGCAUUUGGAAUAGAUGAUUCAAGUAAACGAAAUGAUUAUUCACCUGUUCGUGAACGAUCAUCAUAUUCAACAAGUUCACGUCGAACACAUAAUCAAAAUCAAUCAUCAUCAUCAUCAGAUAGUAUUGGUUCAAAAUUAAUGAAAAAACAUGGUUGGCAAGAAGGUCAAGGUUUAGGAAAAAAAUUACAAGGUCGAGCUGAUCCUCUUGAAGCUGAAAUGAGACAAAGAGGACUUGGCCUUGGUGCUGAUCAACGACUUAAAUAUAAUGCUGAACCAGGAGAUUCAUAUAAAGAUGUUGUACGAAAAGUUGCACGUGCACGAUUUUCAAUGAUGGAAUCUUGA